AUGCUUUUUCCAGGCGGUUACAAUCAUCUGCGCAGUCCCGUAUGCCAAGACGAGAAUCAGAGGGAUGAAACCUCGCCGCCGCCGCACAGCCAUAACACCCAAGCGCCCAAUUCUCAUUCCAGCACCCCGAACAGCAACAACAACAACAACAAUAACAAUAACGCGAACAACGCGUAUAUACACCUGCGGAACUUGAACCAGCUGAAAACAGAGUCGAACUACAGCAAUCACCAUAUAACGGAGCAUCUUCAAGGUGGUGGAGCAGGGUUGACGAGCGGCAACGAUCUCGCUGGUACAGGAACGAACGAGAGUGACCUGAGGGUUAGCCAAUCGGCCACGGAGAGCUACAUGACCCCGGCCCACUAUUCCGGAUACGACGAGACCUCCGAGUAUCACAGCCUGCCGCAGGAUCACCAGCCGCCGCAUCCUUUCAACCUGGAUGGCUCGCCGGAAUUUUACAGCGCCAGUGGAAUUCACAUCGAGCCGAAGUAUCAGCCGUCGCCGUUUAAAAAUUACCCUCGAGGUCGCUAUCACGAAGGAUACAGUGAGAGCGGCGGAUACGGACAAUACGAUGCGACGCCGUUCCAGACGGUUCCCGGAAGCGGAAGCGGCGGCGGAGGUGGCGGCGUUGGCGGUGAUCAAUGGGGAGUUGGUCCUCUCGAGCACCUGUCUCAUCAUCCGGCAUUCCUGGCUGGUCUUGGUCCAAGGGACUCUUCCAAUCCUCAUCACCCUUCGUCUAUUGGAAACAAUCCUGAUCAGAAACCUCUGCUGCAAAGCGCGAUGAUCCCCGGUUACACAAACAGCGGACCCUGCUUUACCGGUUCCGGUCCCAUUCAACUCUGGCAGUUCUUGCUAGAGCUGUUAACAGACAAAUCAUGCCAAGGAUUUAUCUCGUGGACUGGCGAUGGCUGGGAGUUCAAGUUGACGGAUCCGGAUGAAGUGGCUCGUCGUUGGGGUAUCCGUAAAAACAAGCCUAAAAUGAACUACGAGAAACUGAGCCGCGGUCUCCGUUAUUACUACGACAAGAAUAUUAUACAUAAAACAGCCGGCAAACGAUACGUUUACCGCUUUGUCUGUGACUUACAGAGUCUCCUAGGGUAAGCCUGUAACUUGCAAUAGUUUUUUUAAUUUCUUGGGUUAAUCACUCAGUGAUUAAAAUUCAUCAAAGUAGUUAAGAUAAUGUUCAAUUUUGAUUGAUCUUUCGUAAAAUACACAGAUAAAAACUUGUGUUUUUUUUUUUUUUUCUUUUUUUUAUCACAUUGUAUAUAUAAACCGAAUUUAACGUGAUACGAGUUUUAUACUUUAUUUCAGUAUAUAUGUUGUUCGUUUGUAGAUACAGUCCGGAAGAACUCCACGCAAUGGUAGAUUUGAAGCCAGAGAAAAAGGAAGAAGACUGA